UUGGGUUUUAAACGCUAACAACCACAUUCGGAUAUUUACGGUAACUAGGUAACUAGUUUACCUUGCAUGACGUCUAGCUUCAUUCCCAGAUUCUGCGACACAUUUUCCUUCUAUAUGUAUCGAUCCUCUAUAUUUCCUUUGUACGUAUAUAUAUAAUUCUCGUCGGUCCUAAAACACUUUGCAUAUGCGGCUUUUAAAAUUUCAUGCAUGUACAGGAGCUAAGUUUGACCGCAAUGAUGGUUAUUUCUGCCCCUUCAAAUAAAUCGAUGCUCAUUGCACAUGUUUGCUUACGACUGUUACAGCAGGCCUUCCUCCGUAGUCUGUCCAACUUUACGUUAAAUCUGUUACGUCUUUAGAAAAUACCAUGCAUACUGUCAUUCUUUGUUAUUCUUCCAACUGACAGUUUCUUCCCUCCACCGUGUUGAUAUCAACUCUUUGGAGAGGUUGAAAGCCAAAGGGGUUCUUGUUGGGAUAACCUCGAGGGAGGGUCUCCCUAGUCGGCCGCACUGUAAGAUGAACGGGAACCAAAUAGAUAAAGAGCGUCAUGAGUGUCUGGAAUGCUUCAUCAUAUUUGCCAACGAGCGGUCAAUGCUUAGGCACAACAGAAAAUUCCAUGGGGAGGAGUACAUGCAACUUCUCCAAAAGAACAAUACAGUGUUCCUGUGCUACAAGUGUAACCACAGCUUUCAGACGUCGGCGAAGCUCCGUCAACACAGUCUCUCCCAUGGCACAGACGACAAGCCCUUCUGCUGCGAAAUCUGUCGAAAAGGCUACUCAAAAUUGGAUGAGUUGCUGGCACACCGGCGGGAGGUGUGCCCGAAGCGGAAGUUUCACUGCAAGAUCUGUAGGAUGAAUUUCCAGAACCUAGACUCCCUCGAGACGCACAAGUCCAUGCAUCUCCCAAGGAGGCGUGGACGCCCGGCCAAGAAGAAGGAAACUGAGUGGGGGCCAACAGACGUGGAGACCAUGUCCCUCGAGAAGGAGGAUGAAGAGGAGGAGGAGGAGGAGGAGGAGGAGGAGGAGGAGGAGGAGGAGGAGGAGGAGGAGGAGGAGCUAGACGGCAGAGCAGAGGACAAGACAGCAUCGUGGUCCCAACCGUUGUGGACACCAGACGAAGAGACCAUGGUGCUGGAGGAGGUGGAGCUAGACGGCCGAGGAGAGGACCAGAGAGCACCGUUGUCCCGAACGUCGUGGACCGCAGACACGAAGAGCACUCUGCCCGAUGAGGAGAAGGAGCUAGACGGCAGAGCAGAGGACCAGAGAGCAUCGGGGUCCCAAGACACGAAGACCCCGGUGCCUGAUAAGGAGGCACUGGGACGGGCCUCUGAGAGCCAGCAACCAGGAUACAACAUCCCAUGCUCUAUGGAUUACUGUGACCUCACCUUCCCUUCAAUGGAAGCCCUGAGGGUGCACAAGAAGGACGAUCACAGGCCCCAGCCGGCCACCGAGUCGACGACCCAGACCAUUGUGCCCAAGGAGGAGGAGAAGCAGGAAGCUGAUGGCAGAGCAGAGGACCAGAGGGCAUUGAGGGCCCAGACGUCCAGUCCACAGGGGAGUGCCUUUGAGAGCCAGCUCCCCACAAAACGCGGACAGCUCACCAUGGAACAUGGCUGCCCAGCUAAGAGAAGGGCCACCGUGCCGGGGACUGUAGACAUGAAGACCACCGUGCCCAAGGAGGAAGAGGAGGAGGAAGAAGUAGACGACAGAUCAGACGCCCAGAGAGCAUUGAGGGCUCAUAUGUCCAGCCCGCAGGGACAGGCCUCUGAGAGCCAGCAGCAAGGGUACAACAUCCCAUGCCCUGUGGAUAAUUGUGAGCUCACCUUCCCUUCUGUGGAAGCUCUGAGGGUGCACAAGAAGGACGUUCACAGGCCCCAGCCCGCGCCGCUACUCCUUCCCUAGCUGUGGGAAGAACUGUGGUUAGAGAAACAAAGUCACUGCUCACCAGUAGAGGCCACUGAAGUCAAUGAUUGAAUAUAAACAUCAUAAUACAGAGGGGAGGGGGGAAAAGGGACAUUACCGGGUUCCAGUGAACAUGCAUUCUUCACUGGAACACAGUUUUGUUCAGAUACAAAAUUCAUGGAAUUUUCCAAAUUUGCAAAGCCAAUUUCUGCUUCAACAAAGACCAUUUCAUCUAAGGACUUGUGUUUUGCAGUGUGUACUGUAGAAAAACGCAUGAAGAUUAUGGGAUUGUAUGGUGUCACCUAGUCCUACCCAAUAACAAUGUGUAUGGUGAUGAUACAUUUACUCAAUACCAUACUUAAGUUUUCAUUUACUUAUAAAUAAUAGUGAUGUACAAUUUAUUACAAUGUCCAUAUUUUCCUGUAAUCGAGCCUUGUUUUACCUACACAUACCUAGGUAUUUGGAGCAUUUCGUUUUUUUAUAUAUAUUUUUUAUGGUGGGAAAACCAUGGAUUAUAUAACUCAGCUGGUCAUCCUUAAUUAAAAUUACCCAAUGUUUGUAUUAUUGUGGUUCGCCAUAUUAUUGUUAUGACCAAUUGUUACAUUAAACAAAAACUGUUCAUUAAA